AUGUUGACUUUGUUGAUGCCUGAUCCUACUGCUCCUGGUAAUAACAUAUAUGUUUACCUAGCACCACUGAUAGACGAUCUAAGAGAUUUGUGGGCUGAGGGUAUUGAAGUAUAUGACUCAUUUGCGAAGGAGAAUUUUAAUCUCAGAGCCUUGCUGCUUUGGAGUAUCAGUGACUCUCCAGCCUUAGGAACACUGUUUGGAUGUAAAGUAAAGGGGAAACAAGCCUGCAAUGUAUGUGGAAAGGAUACACCUGCAAGGUGGCUUAAGUUUAGCCGCAAGUUUGUCUACAUGGGUAACAGGGAGGAGUCUACCGCCUGGCCAUCACCUCUAGAGAAGGAAAAAAAAAGGAAAAGACUAGAGUUGGAAGAUGAUGAGAGGGUAGUGGAAGAAGAGUGUGAUGAAUCAAAUGAACUAUGGUGGUGGAAGAAGAGAUCAAUAUUCUUUGAUCUACGUUACUGGAAGGAGUUACCUGUUCGUCACAAUAUUGAUGUUAUGCACGUAGAAAAGAAGGUGUCUGAUGCUAUAUUGUCUCUGUUGAUGCAAAGUGCGAAGUCAAAAGAUGGGUUGAAAGCAAGAAAAGACUUAGAAGAUAUUGGAAUCAGAAAGCACUUGCACACAGAGGUGAGGGGAAAGAAAACAUACUUACCUCCUGCUGCCCACUGGUUAUCGAAGAAAGAGAAGACCAUUUUCUGCCAAAGGUUAGCUAAGUUUAGAGGUCCUGAUGGUUAUUGUGGUAAUAUUGCGAAUUGUGUUCAGUUAACCCUCCUAGUACAGAACUUGUUACGAGCUGCAUUAAGAGGGUUGUUACAUAGGGGUCCUAGGAUAUCCAGAUUAUGCAGUUACUUCAAUAGGUUGUGUCAGCGCAUCAUUGACCCAGAGAAACUUAUAUCCAUGGAAACAGAGUUUGUGGAAACAAUGUGUCAGCUGGAGCGCUUCUUCCCUCCAGCCCUUUUUGAUAUCAUGUUUCACCUACCAAUACAUCUAUUAAAAGAGGCACGAUUGGGAGGACCAGUUCACUUCCGCUGGAUAUAUCCCUUCGAAAGGUACAUGAAAACACUAAAGGCUUUUGUGAAGAAUUAUGCAAAGCCAGAAGCAUGUAUGGCUGAGGCGUAUUUAGCUGGAGAAUGCGUUGCAUUCUGUUUAGAGUUCCUUAAAGAUUCAGUACCAGUUCAAAAAGCAGUUAAUUGUAAUGAAGAUCUUGAGACUGACACAAUGGUGGUUAAGGCCGACCUCUGCAGAAGGGAGAUAAGGUGGUUGACAUUUGGACCAAGAAAUGUUGCUUUAGCACAUAAAGGAUUCAUCAUCAGUGGCCAACGGUUUCAUACUGAUGCGGUCAAGCUGAAGACACAAAACAGUGGAGUAACUUAUGAAGCCUUUAGCAAGUGUAGAUCAAGUGCUCGAGAUAUGAGACAGGUCGCGGAUAUGAUUACAUACUAUGGAGUGAUAAAGGAGAUUUUGGUCAUCGACUAUCACAUGUUCAAAGUGCCAUUCUUUAGAUGCAACUGGACAAACACAGCGAAUGGUGUGAAGGAAGAAGAUGGCUUCACUCUUGUUAACCUUCAUAUGAACCAAGCAGCCUAUUUGAAAGAUCCAUUCAUUCUACAUUCUCAAGCAAAACAGGUUUUCUACUCUAGGGAGGAUGAUGCUUCAAAUUGGUAUGUUGUUAUGAGAGCACCACCUAGAGGUUAUCAUAAGUUGGAAACAGAAGCGGAUUUAGGUGGUGCUCCCUUACCUGUCCAAGAAGUUGAUGAUAUGGGUGAUGAAGCUUCGGAUGAUGAUAGUGUUUAUGUUAGGGAUGAUUGUGAAGGUUUAUUAGUGGUAGAUUGA